AUGCACAUAAAUCCCCCCAAAAAAAUCACGCGGUAUAUUGCUGUCGACCUUGAAUUCUUAAAGUGCCGCGGGUUGCAUUUUGCGCGCUCCAUUGCUUUUGUACCCUUUGAGGCAAGAAAGCAUGGUGCAGGUUCGUCUUCUUCCUCUACGGAGCGGGCUUGUACGUGGUUCACGGAGGUGCCAACUGUUCUUGCUAUUGAGUCUAAUGAAGUGAUGCGCACGGCGGAUGUGCUGCCAUGUGGACACCUACUCUACCCAUACUUAAAGGAGCAUCUUGUUCACUCUGAGGCUCUUGAGGAGCUAAAAAAUGCCUUCCGACGAGAGUCCGAGGCAUCCCUCGAGGCGUAUCGGAAUAUGCGCCACGCGCUCCGUGAGGUAAAACACCUUCAGGAAUCGAAUAGACUUGAUCAAGCAAAGGAGUCCGGUAUUGGUACAAUCGAGAAGGAGGCAUGCACAGAAGUUGAACCACACGAUGUGCCGCUUAAUGGGAUCGAGGAUUCCAUGUCAUGCGCGGCAUCAGAGUUGACUUCCUCCUCAAGCCUUAACUCAAAUGGUUCCCCGAAUGAACAGAGUGGGUUUGAUGAUCUUCAGUUUCCUCUAUGUACACAAGAAGUGGGCAAUCGCUCACUCUCUCCGACGGAGGUAGAGCUGCGGCGCAGGCUUCAAAUACGCGCUGCCAUUUCGUAUCACUUCGAACUGCUUGAUCCGUACACUAUCCCCAACAUAUACCUUUUGGGGGAGGACCCUUUGAAGAGGUUAUAUACAGAUCCAACCAAUUCAUCCACCUUCGCGGAGGCGGUAAAGUACGUUUCACGAAUACGUGCCUAUGGACGUGGCAAAGGAAAACACAAGGCGCUGGCGUUUCUGUUUCAUUAUUAUCCUGAAUUCACACAAGCGGUGCUGCGUGAGUCUUUUCCAAACGCGACGGAUUGGUGUGACUUUCUCCGUGGUUGCGCCGAGCUCGUCAAGGGCGAGCUGCGAUGUGUUGAGGAUACUUAUCGACGAAGAAAGUAUCCCUUUACUGUUAGCCCUUUAUGUAUCCCCACGGCCGUUUCAGCGCCGCUCUAUUACAACGAGUGUGCCUCACUAGAGGAUUUCUCUGCUGCCCUCAACAAAGCCUGGUCACACUUCCUCUUUCAAGCAAAAGCGAGCAAAUUUUAUGCCUACGGUAGCAUGGACGCAAAAGUUUUGUCGACAACACUGCGCCUAAGUUGUGAUGAGUAUCGACAGAUGCGUCGCCCGCGCACAAAAUCUUCCUUUUCGCAAACGGAUAUCUCUCAAUCAACACAAACGACUCCGAUGCCAUAUUUUCGAAAGGAUGUGCUGCUGUCACCCUUUCAGGCCAAACUAGUCGACAUCACCAAGAGCACACUUUUUUCAGGUGCUGGCUUUAUUCGCGUUGAAAAGAUGAUCCCAGGGCUGCCUGAGGCUUUGCAGCGCGUUGCUUCUUGUGAUUCUACGGCCAAAGCAGUUUCAUCGAUUCAGCGACCCCAUGAUCCCCUUUGGGAUGCGCAAGCUCUGGCAUGUGUCUGUGUUGGAGCGGGGGUUGUUGGAUCUGCGGACUCUUCCAAAAUUAAUAGCAGCAAUAAAGCAGCGAACAAGGCAAAUACGAAGGAGAAUAAUUAA